CCUCCCAGAAAAGGUGAAAAGCUGGCAAUAAAAAGGCCACCGGAUCAAUCGAAUAGGGAGUGUUGACGAAAUAUUUUGUUCCCCAUUUCUUUAUCCCUGUCUCGUCUCUGCGCGUGUGUUUCCUGUUGGCGGCGGCGACCAUGGUGGGGGGCGGCGAGGUUGACAAGGACGCGGCGGCGCUGGCUCACGAGCUGCCGGGCUUCAAUAUCUUCUUUGACCAGACGGGGUUGGAGGUGCCCGCGGUGGAGGCAGAAGGGGAACAGGUGCAGGGGGCUGCGGGGGAGGACGAUGAGGAGGAGCUGGAGUGGCUGUCCAACAAGGAUGCCUUCCCUUCGGUGGAGACCAUGGCGGCGGUAGACGAGGAGGAGGCCGCGGCGGCGGCGGCGGCGGCGGCGGUGGCUGCCCCGGCGCGCGCGGCGGUGGGGCCUAGGACCAAGGGGCUGCGGCGGCGCCGGCGCGUGACGGCGCCGUGGAGCCUGGCGCCCGCGCUGCCUCGCCCGGCCCCGCGGCAGGCGGCGGCGCGGCGGCGGUGCACGCACUGCGCGUCGGAGGAGACGCCGCAGUGGCGGCUGGGUCCGGACGGGCCCCGCACGCUGUGCAACGCGUGCGGGGUGCGGUUCAAGACCGGGCGGCUGCUCCCGGAGUACCGGCCGGCGAACAGCCCCACGUUCUCCCCACUGCUGCACUCCAACUCCCACCGCCGGGUGCUGGAGAUGCGCAGCCGCGGCGUGGACGGCGGCGAGGCCUCGCCCUCCGGCCGCGCCAUCGCCAAGGCCCGCCGCGCCGAGCGCGUGGCGGCGCGCCACGCCGCCAAGGACGGCGGCGAUGCCCCGGGCCCAGCCCAAGCUGAAACGCCAGCUCUCCCCUGA